AUGUUGGUCAUAAAGUUGUCUUUGUGUUUAGACAGCGGUAGUUCAGCGGACUCUGGUUCCCAUGCUCCGUCCCGGCUGGUACCGGGACACCGGCUGUGGGCGGACAGACGAGGCCGUCACGUUCUGGGUCUGAUAGAGGACUAUAAUGCCCUGCGCAAACAGAUCAGUGAAGCCAAGAGACUCACUGCAGAUCUGGACACACAGAUACAUGACUGCGGCAGGGCUGUGGAUCAGCUGAAGAGCUUCUCUGGCGGUGUCAACACCAUGCAGCAGGUUCUGGAGGAGGCCGCCCGGCUUCUCAAACUGCUCUGGAGAGUCUCACUGCCCUCAGGAGACGGCACACACACUCAACAGGACGAUCUAUUGAAGAGUGAGAUCAGUCGUCUGAAGAGUCGCCUGUCCCAGCAGGAGCGGAUGCUGACCGGAGCCGUGAGACGCCUGAGAUCCACCAACCAGCUCAAAGAGGGCAUGGAGCGCAUCGUCAUCGACCAGCUGUCUCUGACUCACGGCGUGCUGAAGAGAGCCAGAGGAAACCUGGAGUCCAACUAUCUGAAUGUUUUUGGGCUGAAGGGUCUGCAGGUGGAAGGACGUCCCAUUGAAUGGCCAGUGACCAAUCAGCAAUCGAGGGGUGUGUCCAGUCCACCGCAGCGUUCAGGCAGAGGCUCAGCAUGCAGUGAAAACUCCUCCCACUGCAGCUGUUAGACACGCCCACAACUGAUGUCAUUACAGCGAUGUCCUCACGCUCUUCAUUUGCCUUUUUAAUUUAUUUUUCUCUUUGAGGUACGCUGAUGACGUUUGGGGAAGUAUUUGCACAUAUACAGUAAGCAUUUAACUCGUGUAAAGGGAAUGUUUUUUUAAUAUUGGAAGAGAUUUUCUCCUGUAAAUAUUUUGAACUUUAGUUUUAUACUGUUUCCCUUGAAUGGUUAAGCAGUCUCAUGUUCACUGCCUCUAUCCUGUGAUGCUGUAUCAUCCUGCUUCACUCUAGUGAAGAUGUAAUCUUGUGAUGUAAAUGAGUGGUACAUGUACAUUAAUGUAGCAGACUGUGAUACAAGUAAAUGUAUAAAACCCUCAGAA